UGAUUAUCAACAAAAUAUAUAUAUUAACAUGUUAAACGCGUCUAUGAUAUGUAGGAAAUCAAAUCUCUUCCUACUUACGCAGUUAUUUACAUAUGAAUUAUGCAUUUAUAGGAGCGUUUAAGAACGGAGAGUCCGACGGGCGGUGACAUACGCAGGGUAUAUUAAAGUUAAACUUGACUGAUUUUUUAAGAAUAAAUUGGAAGCAAACGAUGCAUUUGGCACUGUGUGUUUUUGUUAGCUAUAUCACCGCCACUUCAAUAAAAGCAUUAAAAUCAUUGUUUGCCUAAAAAAAUGUCAGGCCUUGUAUAAAAACGAGGAAAUAACCUAUAUGUUCGUUAUUAUUCUGACGCUAAAUUUUCUCUCAUCUUAUUUAAAACAUUCAUUUAAAAUAAGAUCAAAACCAUGCACGAAAUAACACCAAUAAAUAAAUGCAAACAGAAACAGGCGCAUAUGAAUAAUAGACGAUUAGCUGUAAACCGAUUGUGGGAUAUUUGUGUUAUUCUCCGUCAUGUUAUGCUUCAAUCCAUCAGUGAAAAAACUUGUUUUCUGUUAUGCCUAAUGUUCAGCAGAUACUCUAACAGUGUGUGUGUGUGUGUGAUAGGCAGAAGAAGUCUAUAUUUUGCACUCCCCGACAUGAGCGAAGAUUCAGAUCGGCUCAAAAAGCCUGAUGAACAACAUGAUGUAAACGAUCUGAGGAUUGUGCUGCUGGGAGUCUCUGGUGCUGGAAAGAGUCCAACGGCAAAUUCAAUACUGGGUCGAGAGGCAUUUGAAGAAAGCAGUACCAGAGAGAGUGAGAUACAGAGAGGUAGAGUAGAAGACAGAAACAUCUCCAUCAUCGACACUCCAGGAUUCUUCAACUCUCAGCUGACUGAUGAAGAGCUGCAGAAGCAGAUGAUGAAGAGCCUGUCUCUCUCCGAUCCUGGUCCUCACGCGUUCCUGCUCAUCAUCGACCUGGAGACUUGCAGAGAGGAGCCGAGGAACGUUGUGGAGCAAAUCCAGAAGAACUUUGAAGAUCAAGCUAUGAGGUUCACUAUGGUGUUGUUCAUUGGAAGAGAAAAAAUAUUAAAAAAAGACUGGAUUCAAAUCAGUGAGAGUGAAAAUAUUAAAGAGCUGCUGAACUACUUUGAGGGAAGAUAUCAUGUGAUAAACAGCAAAAGUGAAUGUGAUCUCUAUCAGAUCACAACGCUCUUAAAGAGUAUUGAUGAAAUGGUGAAGAACAAUGGAGGCCAGCUGUACAGCCAUGCAGGAUGCCACAAGGAUGUCAGGAAACAGAUGGAAAGUCAGAAAGAGAUGAAAGGACUGAUACAGAAGAUUGCUAGAGAAAGAUCGCUAAUAAAAUUGGACCUGAGGAUUGUGCUGUUGGGUAAAACUGGAUCAGGAAAGAGUUCAACGGGAAACACCAUCAUCGGCGGCUUUGAGUUUGAGCAAGGUGUGUCCACUAAGUCUGUUACUAGACAAUGUCAAAGACAUGUGACUGCAGUGGAGGAGGAUAAAACCAUCUCAGUGAUCGACACUCCAGGACUAUAUGAUACGGAAAUGAGUGAAGAAGAACUGAAGAAAGAGAUCGUGAAGUGCAUCUACAUGUCUGCUCCUGGUCCUCAUGUGUUUCUGCUGGUCAUCAGACUGGAUGUGAGAUUCACAGAAGAAGAGAAGAAAACAGUGAAAUGGAUCCAGAAACACUUUGGAGGAAAAGCUUCUCAGCACACCAUCAUUCUGUUCACUCACACUGAUCAUCUGAAGGGGCUUUCAUUAGAUGAAUAUAUUAGUGAAAGUAAUGAUCUCAAGGCUCUCAUUAACGAGUGCGGUGGCAGAUUUCACUCGUUCAACAAUGAAGACAUGAUUAAUCGCUCUCAGGUCACAGAACUGCUGCAGAAGAUUGAUGAAAUGGUGAGGAUCAAUGGAGGACAGCACUACACCAAUGAGAGAUUUCAAGAAGCCCAGAAAAGGAUUCAACAAGAGGCUUUAAAACAAAAACUGAUAGACUAUGGGAAAACAGCACUAGCAGCAGCAGGAGGAGUAGCAGCAGUAGGAGGAGCAUUAGCAACAAUAGUAAUAGCAAUUGCAAAAUAAGGGCCAUAAUUAAUCUGAUUAGACAACAAAGACCAAAUCUUCAUAUACUAAUUUCUAAUUCCGUUCUCUAAAAGAUUUGAUGAGAAUUGCAUUUUUGAGUUUUUUGAGAUUGCCAUGUUCAGUUCUGGGGUGCGUUUCCCGAAAGCAUCGUUAGCCAACUAUGGUCGCAAGUUCCAUCGUUAUCAGCAUAGUUCAACGAG